AUGUUCAACGGCGGGGGAGCCUCGGUGGCAGACGGACGCGUGGCUAGCGAACGCCUCGCUAAGCGUGGCAGAUUCGCACUACAGCUUGCGCAAUCUUUGGUGAACCACUUUGCCCUCGCGAUUCGCGUGGCUUGGCAGUCAGCGUCGCAAGCACCACCACCACCACCGCGCCCACACGCCCACGCCCACGCCCACGCCCACGGCCCUUUGCUCUCGUCUCGUUUCGAGCCCCCCCGCCAAGCUGCCGCUGCGCAGUCGAGAAGCCACACAAGCUUUGCUGGCCAAUAUUGCCAGUCGCCGCUUUCGUCGUCCGCCCCCCGUCACCUGCCCAACCAUGCCUCGACACAUUACGUGAUGGCCGCCAACCACCACACACACGCCCUCGCCCUCGCCCUCGCCCCCAAGACACGCCUGCGCCUAUGCCUACGCUUUGCUCCGCUGAAGCUUUUCCGCCCGCCCGCCCCCCGCCGCCGCCGCCACGAGCUGCACCACCAGCUACCGCCAAAACGAAAACAACAAAAAAAAACAGAGUCCCCUGUCUGCUCGGCUUCCGCUUUGCCUGCCCGUGCUGCCUCUGCGGCACGCCUGAAUGGUGGAGACGUUGAUCUUGGACCGCCCCCUGCGCUGCGUCGCCCCCGGCUGCGCAGGCCAUGGACAGGUGUGACGGCGUGCGUGUGCGUGUGCGUGUGCGUGGGCCGCCGCCAGCAGACUCCCGCCGGCGUGCAACCAAGCACAGUAUGCUGCUGUGCCCAAAGAGUCGAGCGCGGCGGGCGUGGAGACGCGGCGGGCGUGCGGGAGCGGGCGCUGCUCUGGUUAUGGGGCAUGGCGGCCAUGGCCUGGCGGCGUAUGCGUGUGCGUGUGCGUGUGCGUGUGCAGGCACAGGCGACGCUCGCUCACGGCCUGUCGGUGUUGUGCGUUCUAGACAUGAGGAAGCCGCGACAGGGCCGCGUCAACCCGCCCGCAUGCGGUAAGCGCGAGUCGUCGUCGUCUUGCCCCGUCCCUCAAUCAAUUACCCUCGUCCGCACCUAA